UGUAGGACACCCGCUCCGCUGAGAUAUUAUUCAGAAGUUCAGUGGUGCAGAGUCUCAAAAACUCAGAGACAACAUGAAAGCUGUCGUAGCCUUCUUGCUGGUGCUGUGUAGCCUGGCUGUCAGUCAUGGUACUAGUCGUGUUCCUAACGCUCGUCCUUCUACUCAGCCUCCUAGACGUCCUCAUGUUCGUCCUCUUCCUCGUCCUGUCGGAUGGAACUGCAGGGAGGGUCCUCGGCUGUAUGGCGCCAUGCAGAUUGAUGCUGGAAUGGGACAAGUGGUUGUAGCAGACAAGUACAAACGGACGUACUUCCUCAGUGGACUUGCCUUGUACAGACUGGGCAGAAUGGGCAUGAAGCAUGUCUCAGUGGGAGCUGGGGGAGUGUGGGGAAGUUGCCACGCCAACAAGGUGUACAAAUAUGUAGCUGGAGACUUCAGCCUUGCCAAAGGUCUGUCUAUGUACCAGGUGGAUGCUGGCGGUGAUGGUCAGAUUGUUGGAGUAGGAUCCGGCAGCUAUAACACCUACUGUCUGAAGGAGAAGACAGCUUUGGACUACUGUGGACGAGGCACCCUGAGCUGGAGUUACCUCUCAAGAAAGAUGAUGUACUACAGCUGUGGCUCAAAGUGGGGAUGCUGGGGAGUCGACAAACGUUACAGGAUCUGGGUCACAAAGAAUAUAUCACCAACCAACUGCCGCACUAGUGGCUGGACAGCUGUGUCAGGGCCAAGAAUGAAAAUGAUUGAAGUGUCGUCAGACGGAAAAGUUUUUGGCGUGACUACAACUGGCAAGAUCUACCAAAGAGCUGGCAUCACCAACCGUCGCAGACAAGGCACACGCUGGCUUUACGUCCCAAUGUGCAUGCCCGUCAGACACGUGUCCUACGACCUGCGCAAUCUUUGGAUUGUGACCACCUCUGGUUUGAUCAUGAAGUGCUCACACUAAUGUCAUCAGUCUGUCUUGGCUGUCAUCCAUUCAAAGUUCUUCAUUUUCUAUUAAAUCAUUCAGUGCACACAGUUAAUAAAUGAUUAGCAUUUGAUUUUUUUCUACAGUGUUAAAUCUCUGCUGUAACUGUCAUGUCUGAAUAAUCUCACGCAUGUUUAACGUCUUCCUGCCAGUUGGUGGACUUUCUGCUAAAUGAUUCUUAAUAAAUGAUAAUUGAAGCAAUUUCA